AUGCAUUGUCAAUUUCAUAAUGUUCCCCCCGGUGUCCCUGUCGGCUUUUUGAAUCCCAUCCCCCCGCCGGCUAGACCAUUCGACCUCAUCGGCAUCGAUCAUCAAGGCCCGCUGCUGGAGACACCGUCCGGGAAUCUCCACAUUCUGUUUGCCAUCGACUACCUCACGAAAUGGGUGGAGGCUGUAGCGGUACCAAGUACAGCCACCUGUUACGUGAUAAAGCUACUUAGGGAGCAGAUCAUAAAUCGACAUGGGGUGCCGAGCAGAAUUAUUUCUGACCCUGGAUCAGCGUUUACUAGCAGUGAGCUAGCCAUGGAGCUGGACAAAUGGAAGAUUCGCCACGUCAUCGCCACUGCAGAGCAUCCCCAGACGAAUGGAUUGGUGGAGAGGCUGAACCGCACAGCCGCCAGAGCCAUUUCUGGGUUUAUUUCUCCUACCCAUCGAGAUUGGGACGAGCGGCUGUCGGAUGCUGUAUUCGCCAUUAACUCUGCUUAA